GUGGGGUUAGUCUCAUUAAUUAUAGUCUCAUGGAUUUCAGCGUUAUUUUUAUUUACAUCUUUCUUUUUUCUUUUUUUCUUUUUUCUUUUUUCAAACUUCACCCUCAUACCCGCGCUCAAAAGCAAGAAUCCGUUGAUUAUUUUUUAAAUUUAUUACACAGAAACAAUAAAAAUAGAAAUGAAGAGCACCCCACAUUUCCAUCUUUCUCUGUGAGAGAGAGCCUCCCCACUUUUGGACAGCGAGAAAGCAACCCUCAUCUUUUUCAACCCCAUAAAAAAGCACUAUCCCAUGUUUUUGUUUUUCCUUUAAUUCUUGCUUUCAUGUGUGUAUAAUUCUCGUGGAUUGCUAAUUCUAUACGGUUCUUUUUCAAAUCUCGAGGCAGCAAAGGGGGCGAGGAAAAGGGCCAGAAUCCUAGGCUAAAUUUUUGGUUUGAGGUAAAAGACCAAUUUUUGUUGAUGCUCUUCUGUUCCGUUUUGGGAGGUGAACAGUUUCUGUAAAGAGAAAAAGGGGUUAAAAGACUUGAUCUUUUUCUAGGGUAUAUUAUUCCAAUUGUUGUUUUUUAUAUAACAAUCCACAAAAAGAGUGUUGCCCUUGAGCAUGCAAGAAAGAGGAGAAAUUUACAAGUUACAGAGACUAUGAAGAAGAAGGUAAAUAGUGGCACUGAUGCAAAUACUGGUGAAGUAUCAAAGCAGAAAGAGAGGCAUAUUGUAUCAUGGUCUCAAGAGGAGGACGAUAUUCUGCGGGAGCAAAUCCGGCUACAUGGGACUGAAAAUUGGGCCAUUAUUGCAUCGAAAUUUAAGGAUAAAACGACUAGGCAAUGUCGAAGAAGAUGGUUCACUUAUUUGAAUUCUGAUUUCAAGAAAGGAGGAUGGUCGCCUGAGGAAGACAUGCUCUUGUGUGAGGCGCAGAAGAUAUUUGGAAACAGAUGGACUGAGAUCGCAAAGGUAGUCUCCGGCAGAACUGAUAAUGCUGUGAAGAAUCGGUUCACCACUCUGUGCAAGAAGAGAGCAAAGCACGAAGCUCUUGCAAAAGAAAACAGCACUACUACAUAUAUCAACUUGAACAACAAAAGGGUUAUCUUUCCUAAUGGGCUCAGUACAGGAGGAUCCGAGAGUGCUGCGCCUCUUAAGAAGAUGAGGGCCUAUGUCCUAAAUACAGCAGAAAGCCAUGAAGAAAAAUUAGCUGGUGAAUGUGGAGAUGCCGAUCAUCUACUUAGGCCUCCAUUUGCUGUACUAGCUCAAAAUGUCCAUAGUUCUGGAACUAACAAAAAUCAAGGUACAUUUCUUAAGAAGGAUGAUCCGAAGGUACUUGCACUAAUGCAACAAGCAGAACUGCUCAGUUCUCUUGCAAUCAAAGUCAACUCGGAGAAGACAGAUCAGAGUCUUGAAAGUGCUUGGACGGCUCUUCAAGACUUUCUGAAACAAAACAAAGAAAGUGAUCUGUUCACAUUCACAAAUCCUGAUGUUGAUUUUCAAUUUGAGAAGUUCAAAGACUUGGUGGACGAUUUGACGAAUGACGAUGAAGGCAGUGGACCAUCUUGGAGGGAACCUGAUUUAUAUGAGUCGUCCACAGCCAGCUCUGAGUACAGUGCAGGAUCAACUCUGCUGCCAAGCAUGCCAGGUGAUAAAACGGAAGAAAGUCGAGCUGAAACCUGCUUGCUGCAUCAGGAAAAUGGACAUCAAAUGCAGCCAGAUCAAUUAGAUCAUCAGCAUUGCGAUGAUGAAGGAAGUCGAAAAUGCCAUACUGCAAGCACAACUGAAGUGAACAUGUUAACUUGUAACAACACAACCGAUAAUGAUGAAGUAAUAUGCGAGUAUUCUAGCACAGAGUUUGGUUCUCCUCUUCACGUGACUCCCUUGUUUGGAGCAUUGGCAGCGACCAUUCCCAGUCCAAAAUUUUCAGAAAGUGAAAAGCACUUCCUAAUGAAGACACUAGGAAUGGAGUCUACCUCUCCUAGUCAUGUCACUAAUGCUUCCCAACCUCCACCCUGCAAGAGGUCCCUUCUCCAUUGUCUAUGACCAAAUCACCAGCCGACCGUUGGAAGGUUUUCCGUAAAGUGUAGAGUAUUUUUGAUUCUUUUUGGAGUUCUUUAUCCUUGGAUUGCAGCUAUCUCGACCUUAGUUUUUCCGAGUGGGCCUGGGAGGAUCUGAUCUCCUUUGGAAUCUAGGAUGCUACGGAGCAUCCUACACUUUCUUCUGAAGAUCAACCGCUGUGAUCUGCAUCCUCGAGUUUUAAUUCCUAAUACUCACCUUGCUUCUUGUGUGUUUUUUCUCGUGGUGUGCCAAUUUUUUCGUUUGUUUCAUGGAACGUGGAUACGGCCAUCCAUUGUUCCAAAAAAGUUCUUUUUUGGCUAGAUAAGCCUACUGUACAGACAGAUUCAACACUAAAAACUCUUUAGUUAUUAAGUGUAGCUAUACAGUGGCAACGGAGAUUGCCCUUUAGAGAGAUUAGAAAUAGGUAUAGAUAUGGCAAGAAAAAAAAAAAAAAAAAAAGAGAGCAAAAGUUGAUCAGCUCGAAACAUCUUUUGCUGUGUUAAGUGUGCAGAGUACUAGUAUGUAAUAAGUUUCCAUGGCAUUGGGAAACUUUUUGAUUCCUAUAGUGUAAUCCAUACUUAUUUUGAGUGUGCA